AAUUGUGCCGGUAUAUAUUUUGUGAAAGCUGAUUAAUUGUGUUUUGUUUGAUAAAACGCAACUUGCUUAAAUGAUAUCUGUAUAAUUUUCUUACUGUUCAUAGUAAAUUAAUAACAUUUAUAUAAAUUGCGCUCGAUUCCGGCACCGCGCAUGACGCUCGUGAUCCAUCCCUGGUUUUCACCACAGAAGGAGAAGAAAAGUACUGCGAAAAAGUUUGUUUAAAACACACAAAUUGGUCACAACGUCAACCGUUGUUAACCAAAUUGCAAAUAAGUGCUCAGUGUACAUGUGCUUAAGUACAUCUGAUAUAAACUAGCCUUGUGCGCAACGCAACUUGCAAUAAAAAUAUUUUCCUGUCUGGACAUAAACGUUGUAGUCUUUUUCACUCGUUUUGCGCUCUUCGUUUUACACGCUGCUUCUUGGGAUUCGUAGGUUGCAACGCUUUCCUAAAACUUGAAAGUCAAUCCCAACAGCUGGCAGCUAAGCACAACAAGAACAUUACCUGGACGCGCACAUCCCCCCCUCGUUUUAGCCGGAGGAGCAGCUAAAAUCAAUCAAAAUUAACGCGGACACAGCGACUGCUGGUGCUGGUGCUGCUGCUGCUGAGCGACGCAGACGAGAACGCUGCUUUUACUACAAAGCGAUGGCGAUGUUGAGCUCCGAUGAGGCGAGCAAGUUGCUCGAUUUCAAUCAGAAGCUGGACAUUAAUCUGCUCGAUAAGAUCGUUGAGGCACUCUACUCCUCGCAAGGUGAGCAGCUGCGAUUGGCCCAGGACAUACUCACCACAUUGAAGGAGCAUCCAGAGGCAUGGACGCGUGUCGACAGCAUACUCGAAUAUUCACAGAAUCAGCAAACCAAGUUCUAUGCACUCCAAAUCCUCGAGGAGGUGAUCAAGACACGCUGGAAGGUGUUGCCUCGCAAUCAAUGCGAGGGCAUCAAAAAGUAUGUGGUCAGUCUGAUUAUUAAAACAUCCUCGGAUCCGGCCAUUAUGGAGCAAAACAAAGUGUAUUUGAACAAGCUAAAUAUGAUACUGGUGCAGAUAUUGAAGCGGGAAUGGCCACGUAACUGGGAGACGUUCAUCAGUGAUAUUGUUGGGGCAUCGAAGACAAAUGAAAGCUUGUGCAUGAACAAUAUGGUUAUACUGAAGAACCUGAGCGAGGAGGUCUUUGACUUUUCGCUGGGGCAGAUAACACAGACGAAGGCCAAGCAUCUCAAGGAUACCAUGUGCUCAGAGUUUUCGCAAAUAUUCACGCUUUGCCAGUUUGUCCUGGAGAACUCGAUGAAUGCGGCACUGAUACAGGUUACGCUGGAGACAUUGCUGCGCUUUCUCAACUGGAUACCAUUGGGCUAUAUAUUCGAGACGACGCUCAUUGAGACACUGAUCUUUAAGUUUCUCAGCGUGCCGAUGUUCCGUAAUGUCACCCUGAAGUGCCUGUCUGAAAUUGCCGGACUCACGGCUGCCAAUUACAAUGAGAACUUUGCGACGCUAUUCAAGGACACGAUGGUGCAGCUAGAUCAAAUCAUUGGCCAGAACAUGAAUAUGAAUAAUGUGUUCCAAUGCGGCAGCGAUACGGAACAAGAACUGGUGCUCAAUCUGGCGAUGUUCCUCUGCACGUUUCUCAAAGAGCACGGCAAACUAGUCGAGGAUGCCAAGUAUGUGGAUUAUUUGAACCAGGCACUCAUGUAUUUGGUCAUGAUCAGUGAGGUUGAGGAUGUUGAGGUGUUUAAGAUCUGUUUGGAAUACUGGAAUAGUCUUGUCGAGAAUCUGUACAAUACCGAAUUCUUUCAUCCCACACUUGAAUCUUCAAAGAGGCAGCAAGUUUAUCCACGGCGGCGUUUCUAUGCAGCCAUCCUGUCCAAGGUUCGCUUCAUCAUGAUUUCACGUAUGGCCAAACCCGAGGAGGUACUUGUGGUCGAGAAUGAGAACGGUGAAGUAGUGCGUGAAUUUAUGAAGGACACGAAUUCAAUAAAUUUGUAUAAAAAUAUGAGAGAGACUUUGGUUUUCCUCACCCACUUGGAUUGUGUGGACACUGAUCGCAUUAUGACCUUAAAGCUGCUUAACCAGGUCAAUGGCACCGAAUUCUCCUGGAAAAAUCUCAACACACUAUGUUGGGCCAUAGGCUCGAUAUCGGGUGCCUUCUGUGAGGAGGAUGAGAAACGAUUUCUCGUUACUGUCAUCAAGGAUCUGCUUGGCCUCUGUGAGCAAAAGAAGGGCAAGGACAAUAAGGCUAUCAUUGCAUCCAAUAUUAUGUAUGUGGUUGGACAGUAUCCUCGCUUUCUGCGUGCUCAUUGGAAAUUCCUAAAGACGGUGGUCAAUAAACUGUUUGAAUUUAUGCACGAGACGCAUGAUGGCGUACAGGACAUGGCCUGUGACACGUUUAUCAAGAUUGCAAUCAAAUGCCGUCGUUAUUUUGUCACAAUCCAGCCAAAUGAGGCGUGCACCUUUAUUGACGAGAUACUGAGCACAAUGAGCAGCAUUAUUUGUGAUCUGCAGCCACAACAGGUACAUACGUUCUAUGAGGCAGUUGGGUAUAUGAUCUCGGCUCAGGUCGAUCAGGUGCAACAGGAUGCGUUAAUUGAACGAUAUAUGUUGCUGCCCAAUCAAGUCUGGGAUGACAUUAUAUCGCGGGCAUCGAAAAAUGUCGACUUUCUGAAGAACAUGACAGCGGUUAAACAACUUGGCAGCAUAUUGAAGACAAAUGUGGCCGCCUGCAAGGCAUUGGGUCAUGCCUAUGUCAUUCAAUUGGGUCGCAUCUAUUUGGAUAUGCUCAAUGUGUACAAGAUCACGUCGGAGAACAUCAUACAGGCGAUUGAGGUGAAUGGCGUGAAUGUGAACAAUCAGCCGCUCAUUAAAUCAAUGCACGUGGUCAAGAAGGAGACGCUCAACUUGAUAGCUGAGUGGGUAUCGCGCUCCAAUGACAAUCAAUUAGUUAUGGACAACUUUAUACCGCCCUUAUUAGACGCCAUCUUAAUGGAUUAUCAGCGGUGUAAGGUUCCGUCGGCACGUGAACCCAAAGUACUGAGUGCGAUGGCAACGAUUGUGCACAAACUGCGUCAGCAUAUAACGAAUGAAGUACCAAAAAUAUUUGAUGCCGUUUUUGAAUGCACGCUGGACAUGAUCAAUAAGAAUUUCGAGGAUUUCCCACAGCACCGUCUCAGUUUCUAUGAGCUACUACAAGCUGUCAAUGCGCAUUGCUUCAAGGCGUUCCUCAACAUACCGCCGGCACAGUUUAAGCUUGUUUUUGACUCUGUGGUUUGGGCCUUUAAGCACACAAUGCGUAAUGUGGCCGAUAUGGGCUUAAAUAUCUUGUAUAAAAUGCUGCAAAAUCUUGAACAACAUCCAAAUGCGGCGCAGAGUUUCUAUCAGACCUAUUUUACGGAUAUACUUAUGCAAAUUUUCUCAGUGGUAACUGACACUUCGCAUACGGCAGGUCUGCCGAAUCAUGCUAUCAUCUUGGCCUACAUGUUCUCGUUGGUGGAGAAUCGAAAGAUAACUGUGGAUCUGGGCCCCAUACCGGACAAUAUGAUAUUCAUACAGGAAUAUGUAGCCUCAUUGCUUAAAUCGGCAUUUAAUCAUUUAUCAGAUAAUCAGAUCAAAGUCUUUGUCACUGGCCUUUUCAAUUUGGAUGAGAAUGUGCAAGCAUUUAAGGAGCAUUUGAGAGAUUUUCUUAUACAGAUACGCGAGGCCACCGGCGAGGAUGAUUCCGAUCUAUAUCUGGAGGAACGUGAGGCAGCAUUAGCCGAGGAGCAAUCCAAUAAGCGUCAAAUGCAACGUAAUAUUCCGGGCAUGUUGAAUCCCCAUGAAUUGCCAGAGGACAUGCAGGAUGAAUAAAAUAUGCCGUGUAUCUGAGAAUGCAUGUUAGUUGAAGCUUAAGAAUGCUUAAGAUUGAUGAUUGAUAAUGAUGAUGUAUGAGUGUUUUCUCGUUUGGAGAAAAAGUAUAAAUGUUUGUUUGAUUGAAUGCAUAUGAGUAUAAACGUUAUAUAUAUAUAUACAAACACAACACACACACAACCCUAAACAUAAACAGCAACAAAACCCACACACACAUCUGCAUGAUGACAGUUUGCGCAUAUGUAUGUUGAAUUAAGUAGGAUGAUGAUGAUGAUGACAUGAAAAUUAGGUACGCAGUUUGCAUACCUUAAUAUGAUUAAACAUAUUUGUUGCGUACUUGCCGUCAACGCACACACACACAUCCACACGAAGAACAACAAAAAACCAAGCCAGGCACCUACCCUUCUCAUCCUCCUCCUCCUUACUUAGCGGUAAAGCAUCGUCGUAUAAAUAUGCAAACUUUAUACAUACAACAUAAACACUAAAAACUAAUAAGAAUAAUAAUAAUAAUGUUUGUUUGAAAUUUUAAACUGAUGAGAAUAAUUGUAGAAAUAUCUUGUAUGAAUGAAAGAACAAGUGAACACCUCUCCCCAUAUACGACUUUCUACAAAAAUAAAAACAAAAGCGAAACUUAAAUAUA